UGUUUCUUUUGAAUUUGUAUGUUUUUCAAAUUAUAAUUUGUAUUUGAUAGCUUUGUAAGUCUCUGGUUUUUGCUUUAUAUGUAUUCUGUUUGUCUUGAUUAUUUCUUUUUCAAUGGGGAUGAUUUUUGUUUGUUUUAGCUGAGUUCUCCUGAGUUUAUCAUUCAACCGCAGCUCUUUUGGUCAUGGUCUUCGACCAUAUGGUUAUUGUUUUUAAUGCGUAAUUCAUUGGUGUUUAAUCUGUUAAUUGCUUAUUGAACUUCUGUUUCCCUAUAAAUCGUAGUUCUUGGUGGAAGAACAAUCAUGCAAUAUGAAUUUUUUAUUCUAUUUUUGAUUCGGUAUUUAUCUCUGGCUCUUUCUUGCAGUGAGGAUGGAUGCAGUUAUUUCUAAGCAAGACCGGUACAGAGGUGAUGGUGAUCAUAAUGUGCAGAAGAUGAGAAGAAUCUCGAAUGUUUCUUGGCUUGCAUCGAAGAGACAAGUUCACAAAACCCUUAAGAAUAGCGUUAAUGGCAAGAUAUGGAAACGGGAAGAGGACGAUGAUGAUGAUGGGUGGUCAAUCCCAACAAGAACAAAAAAUUCAUCCAAGAAAGUGAAACUGACUCCUGCUUUUGAAUUCUCGAAAGGCAAUGGAAUUCCAAGGAAGCGGCUGAAUAAGAGAAGUAGUUUUGUAGUUGUAGACUUGGAGGGUGAUUCAGAAGAUGAAGUUUUAGAGCAAGCGUGUAUUAUGAAUAUAAGAGCGCGCCAAAGAGCUAGAACUUCAGAUAGUGAGGCAGUCAAAAGAAAUCACAUGUAUAGAAGGCUAGAAAUGGAGAUUUGAAAACGGUUGUGCUGUGGAAUGCCAAUGAUGAUGGAAGUAUUUCUUGUGCCCCAAAAGAAAUGGGUGGUUGUGGUGAUUGUGUAUUUAUUGUGCCCUAAAAGAAAGCAGGUCGUCCAUCCAAUUCAUGACCAGUGUUUCUACUUAACUUCGGAGCAUAAAAAGAAGUUGAAGGAGGAAUUUGUCAUGUACAAAAGUUGCCGUAGAUUUUGUCUCUCCUGAAAAUAUCCAGGAGUGCCUUCGUUUAACCAAAGAGUUCAGACAACUUCCAAAGAACCACAGGGCUAGAGAAGAC